AUGUACUGUUUUGCGAUUUUUCUUUACGGCCUGCUGGCAAAAUAUUUGCAAAAUCAGGGCAUCGUCUGGCCCCAAGUCCUCAGUGGCAUUGUGGGCAACUGCAUCAACGGCUUGGGCAACUACAUCCUGGUUACAGUGCUGAGCCUAGGGGUCAGGGGCUCUGCUUAUGCCAACACUAUCUCCCACAUCCUACAGACCAUCUUCCUCUUUCUCUACAUUGUGCUGAAGAAGCUGCACCAGGAGACGUGGGCAGGCUGGUCCGGCCAGUGCCUGCAGGACUGGGGCCCUUUCUUCUCUCUGGCUAUCCCCAGCAUGCUCAUGAUAUGCAUUGAGUGGUGGGCCUACGAGAUCGGGAGCUUCCUCAUGGGCCUGCUCAGCGUGCUGGACCUCUCCGGCCAGGCCAUCCUCUACGAAUUGGCCUCCAUGGUCUACAUGAUUCCCUUGGGGCUCAGCAAUGCUGUGUGUGUCCGCGUGGGGAUGGCCCUGGGAGCUGCAGAUAUAGUGCAAGCUAAGCGGUCAGUCAAGUCAGCCCUGCUCUGCACAGGCGGCACCUCGCUGGUUGUGGGCAUCCUGUUGAGCAUCCUGAAAAAUAAACUGGGGCAUAUUUUUACAAAUGAUGAAGACGUCAUUGCCCUGGUGAACAAGGUCCUGCCGAUUUACAUCGUCUUUCAGCUCUUUGAGGCCUUCUGUUGCGUCUAUGGCGGGAUUCUGAGAGGAACUGGCAAGCAGGCCUUCGGAGCCAUCGUCAACACGGUCAUGUAUUACGUCAUCGGCCUCCCGCUGGGCAUCGUUCUGACCUUCGUGGUCAGAAUGAGUAUCAUGGGCCUCUGGCUAGGCAUGCUGGCCUGCGGCCUCCUGGGAGCGGCUGCCUUCGCUGUCUACACCGCCCGGCUGGACUGGAAGCUAGCUGCAGAGGAGGCCCGGAAACACGCGGGGCUGCUGCCGCAGAGCACUGACAGCACAGUGGCCACAGUGACCACGGUCCCCAGACCUGGGCCUGCAGAAGCUGUCACAUCUUCAGUGGCCACGGGCAGCUCUCGCGGCGUCACCCUGACGAUGUAUUUGAGGCCCGAGGGCCAGCAGGACCUCAUGAGGACUCCAGAGGCGGCCCAGGCCCUUUCGGCUCCAGCCAGCAGACUGUCGGCCAAACAGCUGGCCAUCCGCCGCGGGGCUGCGCUGGGGAUGGUGUCAGCCACGCUGACGGCGGGGCUGGUCAUCCGGCUCCUGACCUCCAGACACUAGCGGAGCAGCCGGCGACGGGAAGGAGGUCAGGAGUGGCCACACCCCCAGGGCCUCCACGCCAGGCCCCCUAUGACAGCACCUGGGGACCCAGUGUGGGUGAACGUACAGUGUGGACCACACCUCAAAAACAAGACCUGCAGCUGGUGCCUUGUGUGACCGGACGGUUCUGUCAAACUGGUUUUCGCUUCUCUGCUCUUUAAGAGGGCGUCAGCUGACCAGAGAGGGACCCUCCUGGGGUUGGUAUUCCUGGUAAGGAUGUAAAUGGCUUCAAAUCGGGAGAUUUCAAAUCAAAACACAUUCAGAAAAACCAGUCAUCCAAUUAAAAAUUACGUAUUUCCUCA